CGAUAACUCGCUUUGCCCGCAUCGCCUGCCUCUUCUUUCUCCAAGCGGUGCCAGCGAGCGGCUCUCGCCCGUACCUACCUCACCGCUGCCCCAUGGGGUCGCCCGGCCGGCCGGUGCCUCUUCCUCUUGUCCUUCGAGCUGCCGCCGUGUGAAGGGGCGACGCGGUAGGCGGACGGCGAAGCGGCGGAGCCGCUGGCGUCCCUCCACAUCCUCUCGCCCGCGUCUGCGCCCUGCCGGGUAGAGGGGGGGGGGCGGUGGCGGCAGCAAGGAAUGAAUCGGAACCAUCGAAAUGAGUUGCACAAUUGAGAAGGCCCUAGCUGAUGCCAAAGCGUUAGUGGAACGACUAAGAGAGCAUGACACUGCAGCAGAAGCUCUCAUUGAACAAACUACCGAUCUCAACAAACGAGUGGAAGCAAUGAAACAGUACCAGGAAGAAAUUCAAGAACUUAACGAAGUAGCAAGACAUAGACCUCGUUCUUCCUUGGUCUUAGGUAUCCAGCAGGAAAAUAGACAGAUCAGAGAACUACAACAAGAAAAUAAAGAACUCCGAACAUCUCUCGAAGAACAUCAGUGUGCCUUGGAGCUAAUCAUGAGCAAAUAUAGAGAACAGAUGUUUAGAUUGCUCAUGGCCAGCAAAAAAGAUGAUCCGGGUAUAAUUAUGAAGUUAAAGGAACAGCACUCCAAGGAAUUGCAAGUACAUGUGGACCAAAUCACGGAAAUGGCAGCAGUAAUGAGAAAAGCCAUUGAAAUUGAUGAGCAGCAAGGUUGCAAAGAACAAGAACGUAUUUUUCAGCUUGAGCAGGAAAACAAAGGACUGAGAGAAAUACUGCAGAUAACCAGAGAAUCGUUCCUGAAUCUUAAGGAAGAUGCCUCAGAAAGUACAUCUCUGUCAGCACUAGUAACGAACAGUGACUUGAGCCUGAGAAAAAAUUAAAGCUCUUAUGAACACUGUCUGUUUUAACAGCAAAAAGUUGUCAAAGCAGAGAUUUCCUAAUGGGCAUUGAAAAAUUAAUAUAUCCCAAAUCCGGUUGAUUCUUUUAUACCACGUAUCAGCGAUUGGUGGAGGAAAAUAUUCAAAGCACAGUCAUAUACAGUAAUUGAUCUACUCCAGGAGAGAGUUGCUGUAUUGCUGAUGUUUUUAAUCUGUUGCUUUCCUAAAUUAGAGGGUUUUUUUUUUUAAGAAUUCGGUUUUAGUGGAUUUGCUAGUGUAACACUUGAAACUCUCUUUCAUAUGGGCAGGAACUUCAUUUUUAAAUAUAAAUAAUUCCACAAGAAUAACAGCACCUUUCUAAAAUAAUUUUGGUGGGGCUGGUGAGAAAUUUGUUGACAUUUGUUGUUGAUGUUAAGUAUUUUUAGCUCUUCUCAAAACUUAGGCACUAAUAGGACGUGUUAAGAUCAGUAAGUAAGCAAUAAAAGUAAAAGGAAUUUUUGCACACUGAAGUAUUUCUGAAAUAUAUUCUUUUACAACCAGUAACUGAUGGGAAAUAUAGUAAAAUUAUAAAAAAAAAACUGUUUAGAUCCCUAUGAAAUUUAACAGAUUCCACAUCCUGUUUUAGUUAGCAAAAACAUGCAAGAACUUUUUCUUACCUUUCAGUAAGUCAAGAUAAGUUAUUAACUUGUAUGUAAAUAACUUGAGGUUCUUAUGUGCUUUUGUGUGAGAUGUCUGUGAAUUAAAAAAAUGCUUAUGAAAUGCUUGAGAGUUUUAUAGAAUAUUUUUGGAGAUGACAAUUAUCCAAUUAAGGAUUGGGAAAUACUUCAUGCCGAUAGCUAAAAGCAGUGGGGUUCAGCGGGGUUCCCUGCGCACAAUGAGUUUAGAUGCCUUUAUUCUUUUUUACUCCUAGCCUAUGAAACAUUAUAGCUGUUUUUUGGAAAGCUAUCCCAGAAUUUGCAGAAUGACUUUAUCAGGAAGUUGAGUAUCUACCGGUUGAAAGAAGAAAUGGGAUAGUUUCUUUCCUAAUUUUGCCUCCAUGCACGAAGGGUACUUGGGAAUUAAGGCAAGAGUCUCUUUAAGAAUAAACCUUAACCUCCGACUUUAAUAAGCCCCUGUUCAAAAAUAUACUGGGAGCCGCUGUUUUGAUACGAGGGGCGGGUGGUCUGGCAAAUGAAGUAUGGUUCUCAUAUAACGACAUGGAAAAACAGGUAAAUUUGUCUUGAUAAGCUGAACCUUUUUGAAAAUGAUCAAAUGCAUUUUUUGUAAGAAGAAAUUCUAGUCUUCAGGGAGCCUGGCUAAAAAAGUAGGCCCCCAUUAGUUAUUUAUAGACCACUUAACCCUAACUAGCUGAGCUGAAAUUUAUUUCCCACUUAUUCGAGGAAUGUACAUAAAAUUAAAAACGGAAGGGAAAUGUGUUAAAUUCUCAAAUUUGCUUGGAAUAAUACUUGGUGGUGAUAGUUUUGGAUCAAAUUUGCAUGUUUUGUUAUAAUGUUUUUCCCAAGUUGUUUCUAGAAGUUUUGUUAAGCUCAUUAAGAGUUUACCAGUAAUUUUAUUAUGCUGGCUGGGGAGAAUCAUAGUUCUAUUCUGCAACUAUUUAAUUCUGAUUUUAAACUGUGACCUACUAUUAUGCUUUUAUUGGUAAAUAUUUUUAGCAUAGUAGUUCAUUCAAACAUAGUGCAUAUUUAGAGAACAAAUAUGUUUAGCUGAACUCUAGACAUAUUUCUAGAUAAUUUUUAUUAUCUGGCAUUCCAGUCUUAAAAUACUUUCCACAGCUUAUUUAUAUUAAUGCCAAUAUUUUUCAAAAAUGAGUGCUCAAAAUAUAUUGCUAAUUUCAAUAUUCAGAUGUUUAUAUCUAUACCCAGUUCAUUAAAUACCUCAGUAAAAGGGAAUUUAUUCAUAAUUUUUGCUUAGAAAGAUGAACUCUAACUUUGCAAAGCAAGCUGUAGGUAAAAAAUCUAUUAGGCUGAGCACAAGAAUUUGUAUAACAUGUUUUCCUUCUCUAAAUAAGAAUUUCUCCGAUAUGUA